AUGAGGACACAUGAGCUUGCUGCGAACUUGGCCCUUGCUGGUUUGAGCUUGGCGCCGCUGGUCAUCAACGUGAACCCGAACCUGAAUGUGAUACUCACAGCGUGUCUUACCGUCUAUGUGGGCUGUUACCGGUCUGUCAAGGCCACUCCACCCUCUGAGACGAUGUCCAAGGAGCACGCGAUGCGGUACCCUCUGGUGGGGAGUGCUAUGCUUCUGUCUCUGUUCCUGCUGUUCAAGUUCCUCUCCAAGGACCUGGUCAAUGCUGUUCUCACCGCCUACUUUUUCAUUCUUGGGAUCGCCGCUCUCUGCGCAACGUUGCUUCCUUCCGUAAAGCGUUUUCUUCCAGAAGGGUGGAAUGAUAAUGCCAUCAUUUGGCGUGCUCCGUAUUUCCACUCGCUCUCGGUGGAGUUUACCAAGUCUCAAGUUGUUGCUUCAAUCCCAGGAUUUUUCUUUUGCGUAUGGUAUGUCAUGAAGAAGCAUUGGCUGGCCAACAAUGUUUUGGGAGUUGCAUUCUGUAUUCAGGGAAUUGAGAUGCUAUCACUAGGAUCGUUCAAAACUGGUGGUAUUCUCUUGAAUCGGCUUUCAGUCAAUUACUUUUACUGUGGUGAUAUUCUGAAUGAUUGUUCUCGAUUUUGGUUCCGUACUUCAGAAAAAUUGGUUCCCACUGUUGGUAUGGCUGGACUUUUUUUCUAUGACAUCUUCUGGGUUUUCUUCACUCCAGUUAUGGUCAGUGUUGCUAAAUCAUUUGAUGCCCCAAUAAAGCUUCUAUUUCCCACCGCAGAUACUGCACGCCCGUUCUCUAUGCUUGGCCUUGGUGAUAUCGUAAUACCAGGCAUCUUUGUCGUGCUCGCCCUGCGUUUCGACAUCUCGCGAGGGAUCAAGAGCCGCGGUUACUUCAACAGCGCGUUUCUGGGAUACACAGCGGGUUUGACAGUAACAAUAGUUGUGAUGAACUGGUUCCGAGCCGCGCAGCCUGCUCUGUUAUACAUCGUUCCUGGCGUGAUUGGCUUCGUCGCUGUGCACUGUUUAUGGAACGCGGAAGUAAAACCGCUGCUGGAGUUCAGCGAGGCGCAAGCUGAAGAGAAGGAAGAAGGUGGAGAUCCUGAUCAUCAGAGCAAAAAGGCAGACUAG